UAUUCGAAAUGUAUAAGAUAAUAGCUUGUAAAUUGAUGUCGAUUAAAAGAGAUAAAAACGGAGUGUUAUCAAGCGAAAUAGCAUAAUUGUUAAUUAUUAUCAAAUGGCAUCAGAAUAGCCCAUUGAAGAUUCAUAUUCAAUCCAGUUGUCGUUUCUGGCAUUACGUCACAGCUUUUCAAAACUAAACUCCUUAUAAUUGUUAUUUAAAAUAUUAUUAUUUUUUAAUAACAAUUAAAAACUGACGGAACUGUAAUUACACUAACCAGGUGAUAGGUUUGUCUGUAAAAUUUAUUCCAACGCAGAUGUUCCCGGUGGUUAAUUAUAAAUUCUUCUUCAUCUGAAACUCAUCGUAAUUAAUUUACGUUAUUAAUUUAAAAUUAAAUAGUGCACUGAAAAAAUUUUCGGAGUGAACGUGGAUUAAAUCCAAAGUGGACGAUUCCCUUCUACAGGGAGUUUAUUUUAAUAUUAAAACUCCGAAUUGGAGUGAUAAUCACUCCCGAUUUUUUUUUAGUGUAAUUGAGUGAUAGUUUAUUAAAUUAAAUAAUAGUAUUUAUUAUUCAAUAGAAAAAGUAUAAAAAUAUCAAUCAGAGAUUACAAGAACGUAAAAGUUGUAGAUCACCGACCCCCACUAUGACCACUACGGAGGAUUCGUUAAUGAUAGAGGGGCGAUAUAAAGAGUAUCAAUACGAAGCAGUGGCUACGAGUUUUCCUGUGUCACGUUUAGACUUUCAUACUACCCUCGAUACUAAUCCAAACAAUUAUUCUGCAACCACUGAUUUUUACGAUAAACUUAAAACUGAUAAAGAGUCAAUCAACAGUCACAAAAAAUUAAACACCAUGAGCCACGAAAAAGGCUCUAAAUUACUUCAAUUUAUUGCUGCCACUGCUGCAAACAUCGCCGUGGUGGCUGGAGGCGCAAUGCUGGGAUGGACAAGUCCGAUUCUGUUGAUGCUGAAAGAAAACCCGCCGAAUGAAGAAAAUCCUUUGGGUCGAGCCAUCAGUGAAGAAGAGGCUUCAUGGAUUGGAUCACUUACUCCAGUGGGUGCAUUGAUCGGAUGUUUUUUUGCUGGUUAUUUAGCUGAAAUAUGGGGAAGACGGACGACGUUAUUGUCUAGCAUAAUUCCUUCGAUCCUAGGCUGGAUUCUCAUCGCCACGGGAGAAACUGUUGAAAUUUUUUACGUCGCGAGGUUUAUUUUUGGAGUUUCGUUGUCUAUUUCUUUUACUGUUUUACCGAUGUACUGCGGCGAGAUCGCAGAGACUUCGAUUCGAGGGAUACUUGGGUCUUUUUUGCAAUUAUUUAUCACCAUAGGUCUACUAUGGGCGUACAGUAUCGGUCCUUAUGUCUCGUAUACUACAUUUUGGAUCACUUGUGGUGCAUUGCCGAUUGCUUUCUUUGUUUUCUUCUUCACUAUGCCAGAGUCCCCUUAUUAUCUGGCUGCGAAAGGUCGGAAGGAGGAAGUUAUCAGUGUGCUGGCAAGAUUACGGGGAAAAAGUAAAGAUGCAGUACGAAUUGAGGCUGAUGAAAUAGAGGCGACCGUCCAGGAAGCUUAUAAUAAAGAAGCGGCAAUAACGGACUUGUUCACGGUCAAAGCCAAUUUCAAAGCACUUAUUUUCACGUGUUUGCUUGUUAUUUUUCAACAAAUGACUGGGAUUAAUGUAGUUCUUUUUUACUCGGAGAAUAUUUUUGCGAGCGCUGGAAAUUCUGGUAUCAGCUCAUCCAUCGAAACAAUUAUUGUCGGAAUAGUACAGCUGAUUGCUUCCUGUGUCACGCCUCUGGUUGUCGACCGACUGGGACGGAGGAUACUUUUGAUAAUCUCUGGUAUAGGCACCGCUCUAAGUCUUGGAGUUCUUGGACUCUUCUUUUUCCUCAAAGAUUCUGCGAAAAGUGAUGUUAGUAAUAUCGGCUGGUUACCGAUAGCUUCAUUGAUAAUUUUCAUAGCGACUUACAGUAUUGGCUGGGGUCCGCUUCCUUGGGCAGUUAUGGGAGAGAUGUUUAGCACGGAAGUUAAAUCAAAAGCAUCUGGAAUAGUAGUUUUCGCUUGUUGGUUUUUGGCCUUUUUGAUAACUAAAUAUUUCAGUAACAUCGCGUUGGCAUUUGGUCAAUACACAGCCUUCUGGUUAUUUGGAGUUUUUUGUAUACUAAGUGUUCUCUUUACUGUUUUUAUUUUACCAGAAACAAAAGGAAAAUCACUUCAAGAAAUUCAAAAUGAACUCAGUGGAUGUAGAUAUAACGGUGAAAUAUUUAACGAAAGAACGAGAUCCAACGUCAAUACAAUGAAGGGCAAUAAAGGCUCAAAAUUACUACAAUUUGCUGCUGGUAUUGCUGCAAAUAUUUGUAUAAUGGCGGGAAGCGCAGCAAUGGCUUGGUCGAACCCGAUUCUGUUGAUGCUCAAAGAAGAUCCGGUAAAUGAAGAAAACCCACUGGGUCGGCCUAUUAGUGAGGAAGAAUCCUCUUGGAUCGGAUCAAUGGUGACAGUGGGUAUAUUAAUUAUUUGUUUAUUUCCAGGAUAUUUGGCUGAAAAGUGGGGAAGACGAGCAGCUCUGUUAUCUAGCGUCGUACCAUAUCUUCUCGGUUGGAUAAUCCUUGCCACAGGUAAAAGUAUCGAAGCCUUGUAUGUAGCAAGAUUUAUGUCAGGUCUAGGUAUUGCUGUUGCAUUCGCAAUAUUGCCAAUGUACUGCGGCGAAAUUGCUGAGACAUCAAUUCGAGGGAUACUUGGUUCGUUGUUUCAAAUAUUUACCACUCUUGGUCAAUUAUGGGCGUACUGUAUUGGUCCGUACGUUUCUUAUACCCAUUACUGGAUCGCUUGUGCUGUUUUGCCGAUAGCGUUCUUCGUUCUCUUCUUACCCAUGCCAGAGUCUCCGCACUACCUGGCAGCAAAAGGUCGGACAGAGGAAGUCAUCAAAGUGCUGGCAAGGCUGCGUGGGAAGAGUGAAGAUGCUGUUAGAUACGAAGCAAAUGAAAUAGAGGCAGCCGUUCGAGAAAAUUUAAAUAGAACAGCGACAAUCAUGGACUUGUUUAAAGUAAAGGCUAAUGUAAAAGCGUUAUUUAUUACAUGUGCAUUAGUAACUUUUCAACAGAUGAGUGGCAUCAUUGUCGUUCUUCUUUACUCAGAACUUAUAUUUGCAAGUGCUGGGAACGUUGGUAUCAGCUCAUCGGUUGAAACUAUUAUUGUAGGACUAGUUCAGUUAUUUGGUUCGUGUGUCAAUCCGCUGGUUGUCGACCGAUUGGGACGCAGGAUACUUUUGAUCAUCUCUGGUACAGGCUCCGCUCUAAGUCUUGGAGCGCUUGGACUCUUCUUUUAUCUGAAAGAUGCAACAAAAAGUGAUGUCAGUGGUAUUGGUUGGUUACCAUUAACUUCAAUGAUUAUCUAUAUGUCAACGUAUAGUGUUGGAUUGGGUCCUCUUCCCUGGACAAUUAUGGGGGAAAUGUUUUCCCCAGAAAUAAAAACCAAAGCCUCAGGAAUAACUGUAUUUAUUUUUUGUUUUUUGGCAUUUGUUGUCAGUAAAUAUUUUAUAAGUAUUGCAGUAUCAUUUGGUCAAUUCACUGCCUUUUGGUUUUUUGGAGUUUUUUGUAUUCUAAGUGUUCUCUUUACGGUUUUCAUUUUACCAGAAACAAAAGGAAAAUCGCUCCAAGAAAUUCAAAAGGAACUUGCCGGAAAAGCUAGAAAAUAAUAAAUUGUCACAGUUAAUUAUUUAAAAAAAAAAAAUUUUAAACUUCUGAAAUAGAUUAUCAUAUUUUUAUUUUUAAUUCACUACAUCAUGUUCUAGAGUUUUUGAAAAUUUGCAAUUUUCUUAGCGGGAAGUUAAAAAAUCAAAUUUAAGAUAUUUUUUUUGUCCCAGGUGUUUAUGAUUCCGUUUGCUAAUAAAUCCAUAUAAAAUAAAGCAUCUAAUACUAAGUAAUUAUUAAAUCGAUUUUGAUCAUAAGCAAUAACAAAAGUAGUGUGUCCGUUGAUGUAUUGUUAAUAAUAAAAACCAGUAGAAAAAUGUA